UUUCCUCUGUCUCGGAUAUCAUUGGUUGCGCUGCAAAACAUCCUCGCUCAUUCACAAGUAAUCGUAUGUCAAUUGAGUUUAAUGCACGUAUCGAUGUCAGUGAUUCACGAUGACUAGAUACCAGACCUCGAAACCCAGUAUCCUAUUAGCAAUACGAAACUACUCUGCCUUCAAGCUCGAUUACCAGAACAUCAGUGCCAUUGUUACCGAACGCCAGCAGCAAUUAGAUGCAGUAUCCUACGAAAUCUCACUUUUCGAAACAGUCAUAGAUAGUAUCAACUGUAUUCACCGGCAACUGGUCGCGAAGAAGAACAAGAUCACUCAGUCCAUGAAUUCGCACAAGCGACUUGUAUCAGCUCUCUGGCGCUUGCCAGCCGAAGUCCUAUCCCAGAUUUUUGCUCACUGUCUCCCAAUUGGGCACCGCUUGUCGCCCGCGUCAGAGGCAGUUCCUAUGCUGUUGACAAGAAUAUGUCGACGAUGGAGGGAGGUUGCUGUGGAUAUGCCCAGUUUGUGGCACAGACUAUCUGUGGGCAAAGACUGGCAGCGAAGAGCCUUCUGCUAUGAGGCAUGGCUCAAGCGAUCACGAGGGCGUCCGCUCUCGUUGGAACUCCCGUGUCACAAAAAUAACUGGACCGAGCUACAAAGCCUUCUUCAGCCCUACAUAAAUCAAGUCUCAUCUCUAUCUCUUAAUUUUGACCGCAACGCCUUCCAACCUGAGGUUAUGAUAUCGGACUUCCUAGCACUUGAGGAGCUGACCAUAUCAUUGGAUUGUAAUAAUCUUGUGGCUGCCGUCAUCCGUUUUCUCUCGCAACCGCCAUGCACUCUGCGCAGUCUCACGGUAAUGGGGGUGUUCUUCGACAUGGAGUACGCAUCUACAUGCAAUCCCGCCUGGGCCCACCUCACAAAUAUCCAGAUUGACCUAGACGAACCAAGUGCGUUCCCCCAAUUGCUCCGUUUAUGCCCCAGCCUCUCCUCCUUGACGAUAUAUACAAUAUUCGACGCCAUGGAGGCCUUGGAGCCAUUCACGCACACCCAACUCCAAUUCUUACGGAUCUUUUCCGACGAUAUUUAUGACGACGACACAGAGUAUCUUAACCUAUUCGAUACCCUCUCACUGCCCAAUUUGCGCUCUCUCGAAGCUCGCGAUAUAUACCCAUGGCCUCAUGAGGAAUUCAAGGCAUUUUUGACGCGGUCAAAGUGUCCCCUGGAGAGCCUGACUCUCGGCUUCGAAGUAUUGCUAACAGAUGAGCAACGAGCAGAAUACGUUGCCCUUAUUCCUUCUCUCAGAGUAUCUCAGAGUACUAGUUAAUGAGAUGAGUUAUUCCUUGCAUUAGAGGUUGCUUUGUCUAAACAGAGUUGGUUGUUACGGAU